GAUAAGAGUGCCUUCAUGGACAAUAACAGCCGGUUUGAGUCCAGUGUUUGGAGUGCAUCUGUAAUAAAACAUAUUGUUUCGUCUUUAAGUCCCCAGAUUGAGACCAGCUUAUACCUUGGCCAGGAAGACAAUGGCACCAAUAUUGCUCCUGGUGUUGCAGGGAAGCAGAAGGCUAAAGACAUUGAUGCCUCUGACCUGAGCGGCCUGCUGAAGAUGAACAAAGGAGCUACAAAUCGCAAGUGGGACAAGAACCUGACUCAGGAAGAUGAUAGGUUUGCCAACCUCAUCCCGAUACAAACAGACGAGAACAGACGCAUUGAGGCUCUUCAGAAGUCUUCACCACGAAAACAGAACGCGACGCCAGCAAAUCACGUUCAAGAACACGAUAACCCUGUGUUUGAAAACGACCAAUCAGUAGCUGUUAAGUUGUGAGGAAAGAAAUUCAGUACUUAAGAAAACAAUCUGCGCUCGUGUUAGGCAGAGCAAAGGGUUGUCAGGCUAUUUCUCUUGCCAGAUUGGCACACGUCAGGGCUGUAUUUUAAGUCCGCAGAUAUUCAUCAUCUGUAUUAAUCAACUGAUUAAGACUAUGGAAACUCAUGGUGGUAAGGAUGUUCACAUAUAUUACCCAUCCAUGUAAAUGUGGCCACAUACUUCAGUCAACUGUUCUAAACUCGAUUUUGCCAAAUAUUCCAUACUGUUUAAAACGUACUGUUUACACAUGAACUGAUGUAUUGUAAAACAAAUUAGUAACGGUGAAAAGGGUAUUGCCAUGUUUGAUGCAUGAUCAAAUGGUAUUUACAGGUUGGUCGAAAGACAACAAAUUGUAUGGUGUUAGGGGAUUGUGGCAGAAUCCCACUUAUGUCUUUAUAUAUGACUAAAACUAUUAAAUAUUGGUACAGUCUUAUUCAUUUAGAUCACUCAAUACUACCUUUCUAGUGUUAUGAUCUGCUUAAGUCACUUAAUAAUGAUCAACGUUCUAAUUGGGUCACACACAUAAAGAACAUAUUAUUUAGUAGGGGUGGGUAUUGCAGAGAAUUUUCAUAUUGCGAUAUAUUGCGAUGCGGAAGCAUAUAUUGCGAUAUGUAU